AUGCGCUUUGGGCGCAUGAGCCGACACAUGGAGGAGCGAGGCAAGGAGGCGCUGGUGGAGGCACUGGAGCGGGAGCUGCUGCUGGGAGAGCGCAUCGAUAGUGAUGUUCGACAACAACUCAUACGCGGGCUGGCAGGCUCGCAGCUCAAUUUGCUCGGGCAGGCUUUAUUUGAUCAUAGCCGUCGUCAGCGAUCGUUGCUUCUGUUCAUCUUCUUUCUUUCUGAUCGUCGCCUUCGUUUUCCUGCUUCCAUGGCGAGACAUCUGAUCCUCGCUGCAGCUCUGCUGCUUCUGGCCGUCAGCUGGACAGCGGCUCCAGUUUCGGCUCACAGCGCCAACGAUCUUGCUAACGAUGCCUCGAAUGUCACGGUAACAGGCGGGAACACGAGCUGGUCCGUGACGGCUCUCAACAUCACUGGCGGAUGGAAGAUGCUUUCCGACAUGAAGGGAAGUGCCUUCCUUCCCACUAACGACGCUUGGUCGCAGGCUCGUGACGGGUAUCUCAAGCAGAGCGCGGUCGACCCGUCGGUUAAGGAGGCGUUGAACACCGUCGUCGAUACCAAGGCUAACGAAACCGCUUUGCUCGCCAUGUCGCAAGGCGCGUGGAACGUGUUUCACAACCUGGCGCACUACCACUUGGUGAUUGAUCGAGUCAACGCGACUUUCAUCAAGACAAAUUUGACCGGAAAUACGUACUACAGGCUGACGAGCCACAAGAACGAGCCCAUCUUCCUCUAUUACAACAACGUCACUGAUGUCAUCACAGUGACGGGCACUCAACCGGCCGGAGUCUCCCCGCUCGUCGUUCCCUCCACCGGCAACGACACGCACACUUCUCAUGCCGAGGUCCUGGCUGUCGCAGUUCCCCCCAAAGGACCCGCCGCUCCCGCUUCCACUCCUGCCCCCGCUCCCGUUAUCGCGCCUGUGCCUGCUGUCCCUGGGACUCCCACUGCCGUGGGUAAGGUUGUGAUUCCCGAUAUCAUCGACGAGCAUGGAUACGCCGUCCAUGGCAUCGACGCCGUGCUCUUCCCCGCCCAGACGAGUGUCCUCUUCGAUAAUGCCAGCAAGCCUGCUAACACCACUAAGUCAGGAACCACCAUCCCCGUGAUCCACGGGAUCUCAGCUCUUAGCAUGCUCAUCAGUUCCAUUGUGCUCCUGCUGUAG